AUGGCGACGAGGUUUCCACGAAUGUGUAGAUCGGCGCUGGACGAUCUCACUGGUACCGUCAAAAUUGAAAUCGGAGCAAUAUUCGCAGCGGUGAUGCGAAAAACAGUGAUCUUGUGCGGUGUGAAACUCCUUAAGGACGGUGGCUGUAGGUCCGGAACCCAAGGACGACGCCUAGAUGACGUCGGAGGUUCAACGGCAAAAGGCUGCGACGGCAGUUGUGAUGGCGGAAGCGUUAAAAAGAAAGGAAGUCACACUAAUGAAGACAGACUGCUAAGAAAGGGUGAGAGCAGUGGCUUUGAUACCAUAGCAGUGAUGGGAUUGGUUCUUGGAGAGAACGCGAGGUCCCAUUCCAGAGCUCAAACAGUGGUGGACAUUAUCAUAGAGACAGCGAAUGGGGCAUCAGGAACCAUCCAUAACAUAACAGGGGCAAUGAGAAACAUAAGACAUGAUUUAGAAGCAGCUGAUGUAGGUACUGAAGCUUCCAACUUCCUCUCCUCCACUUCUCAUAAACUUGAUGCUGGAGCUGCAAAUAUACAAAGAGAAGCUAGGAGGCGCUGGCAGUUGAUCGACAAGGUUCUGAACAUAGUUUACAUAAUAGCCACUGUGAUCAUUUCUUUGAACCUGGUUGCUGUCAUUGCCCUUUCUGUUUCUGGGCUUUUGAAGUUCUGGAGGGCACUUCACUGGUUCACGGGCGAUUCAUGCACAGCCCUUGAAGACUUCGAACAAAAUCCAUACAACAGCAGUCUGAGCGCCAUCAUUCCAUGCGAUGAAUUACUUUCUGCAAAACCAGUCUUCUCAGAUGUUAGUUCAGGGAUCUACAACCUUGUAGACGGGGUAAAUGCAUGUAUUGGGAACUCAUUUGUGAAUAGUAACAUAUCGUCCCUAGAGAGAAGCAUUUCUCUGAAGCUGCCUCGUGUCUGCAAUCCUUUCUCAGCCCCACCGGAGUACCAAUUCCAACCCGAAAGCUGCCCUGCUGGUACAAUUCCGAUAUCAAAGAUUCCUGAGGUGUUGGAGGUAUUUACUCGCUCUGAUGUCUGUAAAGAUGGACAAUUCAUCCCAGCUAGUAACUUCAAAAUAGUGGAAAUUUACACAACUUCAAUUCAGAGCCUGCUGAAUGUCUACUCGGGUAUGGAAAAUCUGGUUGAAUGUCAGAUGGUUAAGGAUGCUUUUUCUGAGAUCAUUAUCAAACACUGUAAACCAUUGAAGAGAUACGUUUGGAUCGUCUGGGCUUCAAUGAUUUUUCUUUCACUGGCUAUGGUAGUUUUGGUUCUGGUAUGGAUAAUAAAAGCUUGUCAUGAGCAAGACUCUCAUUUUGCAGAUGGGUCGGUGAGACCGGAUGGUUUAAUAGCAAAUAUGGUGGAAUAA